AGAAAAAUCAAUUUAAAAGCCCCAAUUUUGUUAAAGAAAAAGAUAAAAUAAAAAUAAAAAGCGACUACACUGUUCUUCCGUGUAUAAGAAAUCGGCACUUGGAGUGGCCAUAGUAAACGCACAGAAAAAUCAGCUCCAUCGAAAUCAGUGUUGGGAAUUUCGUGUUCAUCGGAACAGAGUUUGCAGAUUGCGAAUAGUGUUUUUUCUUUUUCAUUUUAUCGAUUUUGACCAAAAAAACUUUCCGAGUGUUUGAUGAGAAUUUAAUUUCUGUUUUCUGAAAAGUAUCAUGGUAAUGGGGAAAGUUUUCAAGGAUUCUCUUAAAGCUCUUGAAGCUGAUAUACAACACGCUAAUACUCUGGCUUUAAGUUCCCCUCGGGAUCACGACGGAGCAACCCUGCAGAUGAGACUCUCUUGCAGUCCAGCCAUCGAUUUGUUCUCCUUCUUCUUCCCAUGGACGGAUUGUAAAAUCGCGGGUGCCCUUGGGUUGCUUCGGAUUUUCAUUUAUAUGACGUUUGCUGAUGGCAAAACUACCAUGUGCAUUCAAGAAAGGAGAGCAAGCAUCAAAGACUUUUAUGAUGUUCUAUUUCCUUCGAUAUUGCAACUUGAAAGUGGGAUAACGGAUUUGGAAGAGAGGAAACAAAAAGAAAUAUACUCGAAAAGAUAUUCACGAAAAGACGGUUUUGACAAGGGAAAACUCUCGGAUGCUGAUGUGGAAAGAGAAAUCGAAUGUGGGAUUUGCAUGGAAACAAAUAGUAGAGUUGUGUUACCGAAUUGCAGCCAUUCUUUGUGCUUGAAGUGUUAUCGAGAUUGGCAUGAGAGAUCAAGAUCAUGCCCAUUCUGUAGGGAUAGCCUUAAAGAAGUUAAUGUGGAUGACUUGUGGAUUUGCAUUGAAGCGAAUGAAGUCGUUGAUCUGAGUGUAAUUUCAAAAGAAAACAAGAAGAGGUUGUUUGUGUACAUAGAGAAGUUGCCUCUUAUUAUUCCAGCUGCCAUUUGUGAUCCCGAUGAUUCCUAUCUUAGAUAAGGAAUCGGAAUUAGCAUAAAGUUAGGGUUUAUGAUGUACAUAAUCUUACAAAUUUGUAUGUUUUAGAGGUGUAAAUCCUGGUUUCUUUCCCUCUUUCUUGACUAUGAAAUUCUGACUGUUGAUUGUUCUUGAUUAUUCGUGAUUUUAAAACAAUAUCAGAGCUUUCUAGUUUA